AUGGGCGAUGGGGUGGUGUAUCCUUCUGUCUUCGUGGUGGACGGCCAGCAGCACGGGGUCCCCUUUGUCCCGCCCAUGAGGAGGAAGCGGCGGGUGUGCUGGCACAGCCAGUUCUUCCUGGCCUCUCUGGUCAUCUUAGCCCUGGCUGGUGUGGCCACCGAAGGCUAUUUCCUGAUCCGCUUCCAGAAAGAGCUGGAGAAGGCGACGUCCCAGGUUGGGGAGGACGCAGGGGCCAUCGCCGAGAAGUCCAUUCAAGACCGGAAACUUCACGCUGAGAAGCCAGCAGCUCAUGUCUUGGGUGCAGCCUUCACCACCUCUGGGAACGGUUCUCUGCAGUGGGAACACAGUAAGGACUGGGCUUUCCUGCAUGACAUGCGUUACCAGGGCGGCUCCCUGGUCUGCAUCAAGCCCGGCUACUAUUACAUCUACUCCAAGAUCCAUCUCAUGGCGCAGAGUUGCUCUCAGCAGGACCAGAAUUCCGUUAUCUAUCAUAGCAUCUAUAAGAAGACCCCCAGGUAUGUCGAGGAGAUGAAACUUGUGGAGAACCUGAUCCUUUUCUGCGAUGGGAAGGACAGCAGGUUCUGGCGGCAAAACAGCUUCCUCGGAGGAAUCUUCCACCUGGAGGAGGAGGAGCAGAUUUACGUCAAGGUGUCACAGAGACAGAUGCUACAGAUCAGAGACGGCACCAGGUCUUAUUUUGGCACCUUCAUGAUCUGAGCAGGCCCUUCCCAGAGCCGCAACUGCUGGGUUUGGGGUUGAGGCCUUGUGCUUUUUAAUCU